AAUUACGCAAGCCCGAAGAUUUAUGGACCUACAUACAAUCGUCCCAAUCUACUAAACCAGUUGAUUGCAAGGGAUAUUCAUCGCGAGAAAAGCGCUAUACUACAAUGCUUCCGUCACAUCAUCACACAGAACUUCUUUGGUGUAAUACCUGACAGUGUUAUUGAAGAGAGCAAAAGGCGAGGUCCAUCCAUUGUCAUGUAUGGAAACAGCUCUUCGGAUACCGAAUCCGGGACUGAGAAUGAAAAUGAGAUUGAUUGCGGACGAAUGCAAAAAAAAUAG